AUGGGCACUAAUAAAAGUGAUGGACUCAGUACAGACAAAAUAGAGCAAAUGAAUAAGCAGAAUGGAUAUGAUAAUAUAAUACCGUCUUCAGAUGUGGAGACCGAAAAAUUGGAUGAUAUGGACAAUAAGGAGAGUAAUUUAGAAGAAUUAUCGAGAGGAGGAGAGAACGAAGAACAGGAAAAGCCUAAAGAGCCUAUAAAUGAUGACGGGAAGAGGGAAGAAAAACAGGAAAACAGCACUGAGGCAAAGAAAGAAGGAAAAAGCAAAGAGUCACAUGAAAUAGAAGAAGAUUCAGAUGAGGAGAUGGAAGACGCAGAUGAAGAUGAGGCAGAGCCAGAAGUGGAAGGUGAGAUGAUGCAUAUGGAUGAAGAGAAGAAGAAAGAAAUGGAAAUGGAGAACCAGGAAAAAGAUCGAAUAGCAGCAAUGAAUGAAUUAAAAAAUAUCGAGAUCGAGUUUGCGAAGUUGAAGGACAAGCUGUACGAAACACAAUUGAAGAAACUAGAGUUUGAGCUCAAACUGUGCGAGUGGAAUCGGCACCCCGAUUUUUUGUACUUCAUGAAGUUGAUUGACGAGAAUUUCAAAGGUCAAAUAGAAAAAUCCAUAGAGCUUCAAAAAGACCGCCUAAAGUGUCUCGAUAACCAGACAAAAUCUUACAGAGUGCAGAUACAUCAACAGUUCAUCAAGAACUGCGAGGAUCUUAAGUACAGGAGAAUAAGAGAAAUAACAUCCAAGUGGUACGAGAUUAAUAAGGAGAGGAGAGCUUUGGACACAGCCAGUAUUCAGAGUCCCGAGUACUACCAAUACAACAAACACGUGACGGCGGCGAAUGUGAACAGCCCGGAGGUUUUAAAUGGCCUUGUUCUGCAACGGAAUGCUCUAUAUAGGGAAAUAAGCCAGCUCAAAGGUAUAGUGAAGUUCAAGGGCUCAUUUCCAAGCUCUUUGAACAACAUUACGGGGUGCAAUGGUCCAGAGAUGGAGGAAGAUUUGGCUCGGAUGGGAAUUCUACAUUGA